AUGCCUCACUAUGGGCAACCUGUACCUCACAAUCCAUUGGAACUAGAUUUUGCCAAAAAUCAAUACAUUCGUGCCUAUCAAACUCUAUUUGUGGGUACAGAACGAAUGGGUCAAGAUAAAGGAAUAUUUAUUUCGAGAGAAGAAUACGUGAAAGGAAAUACUUUGUUUGGAUUUGAUCUCUCCCCCGAUUUAUGUUCUGGAGAGCAUUUAAAUCUAAUCAAACACAGCAACUUACGAUUAGAACUGAAAUUCAGCAAAUCAUUAGAGCAGACUGUGUGUGUAAUCAUUUUCGCCGAAUUUGAAAAUUUAAUAGAAAUUAACAAGUCACGAAAUAUUUUGUACGAUUUCGGAAAUUAA